AUGAUAAUGAUUAAGAAAAUAUUUAAACGUUGGUUUGGUGAAAUUCCUGAUGAUACUUAUGAUGCUGACAUGAUUAACAGCAGAAUAUUUAUUGAAAAUUAUGGACAUCCUAAUGACGAAAGAUUAUACAAUGAAUUAAAUGGCCAUUUUUUUGUCAUCACUGAUUCAUCUAUCCAAGAAAUAAUCGAUGGUGAUUAUGAGUUUUUUGUCGGUAAUAAUGAUAUUAUUCCUGAAAGGCGAGCACAUUUGGCAGACCUUUUCAUG